AUGACACGUUCGGAUGACGACCCUGUAGUAGCCUCCUACGAUGUCCUCCUCACUGAUUCCGAUAUCAGUCGCUUUGUUUUUCAAUACGUCGAUCGAGAGCAUGACCGUCCCUAUAAUGACCAACAUAAUCAGCGACCGUUACAACUUCGAAUGAAACAUCGAACCGGUUUGGUUGAAGUCGAAGUCCCCAUCAGCACCCGUGAGAACUAUGAUGUGAACAAGGGCAUGCGCUACGGGGAUGCAGUACAGAAGAGUCGUUCUGCUCGCGAUGGGGGCGCCUUCGGUAUGGCGGGUGGCUUCUCUGCCGGAAGUGGUACUGCAGCUGCAGGUGGGAGAGUCAAGAUGGAAGCAAAUGGGGACGUCGAAAUAAUGGAUAACAAGAGAGCUGUGGAUUCGGCAUCAUUGCUGCGAGUGCAGUCACUUGGAGGACGGAUCAAGCCUGCUGAAGAAGGCGAUCCAGUCUACAUGCUGGGCACCUUUACGGAUAAGAAUUUGCAUCUUUCGCCUGUCACGUCACUUGUCCAAUUCCACCCUAACCUACACCACUUGGAUGCUUUGGACGAAUUACCAAAAGGAAAGGGUGGCCGUGGUAAAAAGGACGACGAGGAGCGCUCUACUGAGACUGAAGCCCGUGCAAUUGAUAUUAAGGUCAAGGCCGCUGAGGAUAGUGAAGCAGCCACAAAUGCCAGCAAUCUGGAUCUCCUUAAGCAAAUGCAGGAUGAGAAAUGGAAAACAUAUAACUGGGUUGACGCCGAGACUGAGGAAUCAUGGCUCACAUAUGAAAGCUACAUGAUUCACAAGGACACCGAGAACCUCGAGCCCUUAUCAUCAAACAUUGAGUCCGAAGAUUACCUCGAUAGAAUGAGCGCCCCCAGGAUUGAUCCUGCUCGUCCUGACCUGACUGGCUGGGCCAUGAAGGAAAAUCGUCGAAGGCAACGAGAUGGUCAAUAG